CUGUGCGAUCGCUCAAAGGAAUCGACUUUGGUCCAUCCGUAUGAUGUAAGAUCGUGUAAUUAUAGCGCAACACCGCAAAUGUUGCGACACAGGUUUCCCUUGACGGGAAGUGGGCGGGCGUUCCCCAGAAUCACUGGAACGGACGUGACACAAAUGGUAGACGGCGUUAACAUGUGUUUAACUAAUCUAUCGAUUGUUACACUUAAAAAAGGUAGUUCGUAAAAAAAAGAUAUUACUCCGGCAAACAUUAUAGAUGAACUGAUCUGACGCCAGACAGGACAUUUUCUCUGUCUCUGUGUUAGCGAGUGGUCAUCAUGGUGCUGAAGAGAGUGCUCCAAUUGUUGGUGUUAGCUUGCCUUGCCUCUGCUCUACGUGCCGGAGAACUUUACAACCAUUUGAUGAUAACCCCACAGUCUCCAGUGCUAGAGAUUGGGACUAACUUCACGGCUACAUGUAUGAUCAUUAACACAGCUGAAAUAACCGCAAAGGACCUCUACUGGAACCUGUCAAAUAUUACUGUUUCCAAUAAACAGUACACCAAGAUCAACAGAUCAUCUCUCAGUGUCACUAUCCCUGUCAUCGGUGAAAAACAUGAAUGGUUAUUUUGCAGCUGCAAGGAAGUCUCGAACUAUGUUUACCUUAACAGAAGCAAAUUUAAGCAUGGGAUCAUCCUCACGAAAGGCUAUCGUCCAGGGAGGCCUGAGAAUCUGUCCUGUGAGGCAGUUCAGGUGAAAAUGGGAAUCUCUUCAACCAUAACCUGUGUGUGGGAAAAAGUAGGACGUAGUAGCACAGAUGUUCCUACAAACUACAUACUGUAUGUUAAAGAAUUGGGUCGGAACCAUAGUAAUGAGACAAAUGGUAACAGUGCCCAAGUGAAUCUAGACAUUUUUCCCCAUCAUAUGCCACUGGAAAUUUGGGUGGAGGCAUACAAUAAACUGGGAAGAAUAGAGUCAGAGCAUCUGUCUACAGAUGCUGACUCGUUUGUGAAAACAAACCCUCCGUCAGACAUCAAAAUCAUUUCAGAGAAGACUUUUCCCACCUCCCUUCUCAUAAACUGGACUCAUCCUCUUGCUGCAGAAUACCUGAAGUUAACGUAUAAAAUCAGAUUCUGCCAAAAUGGAUCUCAAAAUUGGACUUAUGUACCUCUUGUGGACACUGACAAGUACAUACAGUCUUUUAGACUACAGAACCUUCGGCCAGACAUAGUUUAUGUCAUUCAGGUAUGCUGCAAAAAUGCUAGACGGGGCCACGGUUACUGGAGCAACUGGAGUACCAACGCUACCAUGAGAACACCAGAAGACAGACCAACAAGCAAACCAGAUUUAUGGAGGAUCAUUACUAAGGUGGACAGCCUAAAUGAACGACGAGUGCAGUUUAUUUGUAAGGAUCCUGUGUUUGCCAAUGGGAGAAUCCAGAGAUUCGACAUAAAGAUUCAAGACAAAAAGGACAAAUUCAAGAAUAGGAGUGAAGAGUGGGAGCGCAUCCCAGUCAACAGGUCGGAGGCAGAUGGCAGCUCUAGCCACCGGGAGAUAACUUUCCUUAAACAGAUUCACCUAGCUGAUGAGAAAUCUGUUAAAGUGUAUGUCACCGCUGUAAAUUCUGUGGGGAAAUCCGCUCUGGCAUCUUUACUCAUCCCUGAUAAAGCAUAUGGUGUUCGGGAUCUUGCCCCAGUGGAAGGGCUGAAUCUGUCGUCUCAUGGAGGACAGCUGUGGCUGGAAUGGAAAUCUCCCAAAAAUAAAGCAUUGUCCGAGUAUGUGGUUGAGUGGGCUGCCAAUGGUCAGACAGACUGGCAGAGGGAAAACAGAGCCACCACUCACACAGUCAUUAAAGGCAACCUUGAGAAGUUUGUCUGCUACACUGUAUCUGUGCAUCCAAUAUACUCUGGAUGGAUUGGGAAACCAGCAAGUGUUAAAGCCUUUUUAGAGGAAGGAGCUCCGUUGGAUGGCCCUGAAAUUGUCGAUAGAAAACUUGGACGUAAUGAUGUAGAGCUGGUGUGGAAAGAGAUUCCACAACACAAACGAAGAGGCUUCAUCACAAACUACACGAUCUUCUAUACAAGUGGGACUGAAUUACAUUCCGUAACAGUUCCAGCUAACACCACCUCACACACUCUGAGGUCACUGUCAGGCAACACCAGGUAUGAUGUUUGGAUCAAUGCUUCAACCAUCCGAGGCUCAGCCAAAAGCCUUAAUCACUCAUUCUGGACCCAGAAAUAUGCCGCAGGAGAGAUCGAGGGUAUUGUGGUUGGAGUGAGCCUUGGCUUUCUCUUCAUUGUUCUAAUGACCAUGCUGAUCUGUAUCUACAAAAAAGACGUAAUCAAGGAGAAUUUGUGGCCUCAGAUUCCAAACCCUGGAGAGAGCACCAUUGGAACAUGGUCUCCUCAUUAUCCUUUGAAAGCAGAGACUCCAAAGGAGAAUUGUCUGUCUGGCAUCAGUGUGCUUGAUGUGGAUGUGUGUGAUGGAAAGUGCGUGUUUGAAGAAGAUAAGGCCAGUCUGCCUCUGAAGAAGGACAAGUAUCUGUCUGAGGAGCACAGCAGCGGCAUUGGUGGCUCCUCCUGCAUGUCUUCACCUCGCCAGAGUGUGUCCGAUAGCGAUGAGGGCGGCGACAUGGCUGAUACCACAGCCAGCACUGUUCAGUACUCAUCAGUGAUGGCCUCCAAUGGAUACAAGGGUCAGAUGCCGAGCUCCCAACAGCAGCAGGCCAUUUUUUCACGAUCGGAGUCCACACAGCCCCUGCUGGAUUCUGAGGAGAACCCUGACAUGUUGCUGCAGGAGGGCAGCAAACAUUCGCAGCGUUUCCCCCGACAACCCUGCUUCACACACACUGCACAGAACAAAGACGGCACUGACCCUGCUGACUGCCACCAGCGGGAGAUGGAGCAGCAGGACCUGCUAGAGCCUCUGGACUUUUAUCCCUUGGAAGAGGACUCUGAGCAGACAACACCUACAGAGGGUCAGUCAGCUGACUGGCUGCCAGCAGCACCAGUCUCCAGCUACAUGCCUCAGCUGGGUGGCUACAGGCCACAGUAAGAACACAGAGAGACCUAUAUAUUAUCUAUGAGUGGUUCUGUGCCUUUGUUAAUGGCCAUUUAUUUGAACCAUUAUGUGUUUUGAAAUUAACCUAGUAUGAGUAUUUCAGAAUGCUUUGGUAACAUUCUCUGUCAAGUGCAAUGGGAAUUAUAGCUUACACCAUAGGGUUGCUAGCUUUGCACUCGGAAAAAAUUCUGCCUUAUCUUUGUAGUACAAUAAUGUCCAAAGCCUACCCUAUACAUGUCUGUGAAUACUUUGAGCUACAUAGUAAAUGUCAUAUUGUGCAUUUCAAAUUGUCUCCUGAAAUUGUGAAGAUGAUGCGUGUUAAUCACAGUUGGACAUGUGAUGGAAUCUACCACAGGCAUCUUCAUGAUGAAACCGUCUUUCACUUUGCCUUCUGUGUCUUUUUGAGCAGCUUCUGGCUGUACCGCCCUCUUGUGGAGGAGUUCAACCCCUGCAGAAAUGUUACAACAUAUUACCCAGGCAUUGUUUUUUUCAUGUACAUAAAGUAUGUCUUCAACUGACAUAUAUAUAUAUAUAUAUAUAUAUACACACACACUGCACGUGAAUGUAAUCAAUUAAACGUGUUCAGACUGUCAGUACAUGAUACCAGUGCAUGUUCAAUAAAAAAAAAGUUCAACUGCCUUUUGAAAGGUGAAAGAAACGAAAUUAAUUUAGUACAUGUCUGAUUCAUGUAUAGUCUGUAGCUCACAAAGCAUAAUUUAGUCUAAGGAUAAAUUUGCUGCUUGAUUUGUGGAUGUAAGUCUUUUCUGUUGUUUCCAAAUAUAGAAUACCGCUAGUUUGCCAGUAUUUUCAAGAGAUGAGUGUAGCUUGUUUCUUUCUGAGCAAUGCAAUUGAUCCUUUUUUAUUUUCAUCGUAAAAAGGACACUACUUCAGAAUGAAUAGAAAAAUUAUGCAUGCAUUGUACAUUUAAAGCAGCACAUAAAAGUUUAUUUAGGAUCAUUUUGGUGUUGAUGGCCUCAUUUUUGCAGUUUUCCUAAAUUGUGAGUUGGUUGUAACAGUACAUCAUAUUUGUUACCAUUAAAGUAGCUGGCAAACUUCAAAU